UCUUCUUAUUAAUUAGCUGAUCAUUUGCUUAUAAUUACUGUUUAAAACUCCCUUCUUUUUCAGAAAAAAAAAUCGUACUGCGUUUGUAUGGCCACUAAUUUACAGAAGGGUGGAGUGGUGAGCUUGGCGAAGCGAUUUGUGAACCAUAUCAGUUAUUCAAGUGCUCGAAAUUCUGCGAACUCAUCUCGUGGCCUCUCUGGCAGGAGGGCGGUGCACAUGUCAGUGUAUGAAAAGAAUCCAGAGGAAUAUGUGUCGUUGCGGGUACCUGAUGAAAUAGUCGAGACAGAAUCAGACGAGUACUGGACUCCUCAUCCCCAAACUGGGGUAUUUGGGCCAGGUACUAAUCACAUCAUAAACUAUGGUGAAUAUGGUUCCCAUUUCUCCACCGUAGAUUCUGUGUUGGAACAAAAGACAUUCUUUCGCGAUCUUGAGGAUCUGGAGAAGCCAAUUUACCCAAAUUAAGUUUCACAAAAUAUUUAAGUACAACAGAAAAUAUAUACUACUAAUAGCAAAGGUGAAAGCUAAGAGGUGUUUGUUGUGUUCGAGACUUCUAGCUACGAGUACGUUAGUUAAUUAAUGGAAGUACAAUAUGGAGUGUGUAUAUAAAUAUAUACAUAUAGAGAGAGUGAGAAUAAAACUAGCCACUGUAUGCUGGCUGCUUUUAAAUGAUGAUCAUAUGGUGUGGUGUAAUAUUGAUAAUCAAACUUCUUUAUAAUAUCA